AUGGCUCGCACUAAACGAAAAACCCCUGCUGCUGUUGCUGCUUCUUCAUCCUCGUUGCCAUCUAAAGAUCUCCCUGUCGCUGCAUUACGGAAGAAAUUGAAGGAAAAGAAGAAAACACCAGAACCUAAAUCAACUAGUGUAUCCUCCGACCCAUCUAAGGUAGCCGAACCUAUUGUAUCGGCACCAGAAAAGAAAAAGGGGAGAAAAAUGCGCGGGAUUGAUACCCAACGCAAAAAGGGUGCUGCACAAUCUUCGAGUUCUGUUGAUAAAGUGUUGCUUGAUUGUAAAUUCAUCAAAUGGGAUCAUUUUGGUCAGUUAAAUUUUCAAUUCAAAGAACUUUUUGAAUUUCAAGAAUGGAUGACUGUUUGUGAGUGCACAAAUGCUUAUUACCCUAGACUGGUUCAAGAAUUUUAUAAAACUCUAAGAAUAGUUGAUGAAGAAGACAAAUUUGAAGUUGCCUUGAAUGAUAGUGCGUAUGUUAUUUCUGUUGAGUUAAUUGCCAAGGCUUUAAAAUUGCCUAAUGAUGGAAAUAAAAUCUCUACUCAUAGAGAUGUUGCUAGAGUUCCAGGCUUUAACUUGGCUGAAUUUGAAAAUGAAGUCUUUCCUGCCAACACUGCCACCAGUGAAAAGUCCACUAGCACAAAAGCUUUUCAACAUAUUAAAAUCAUUCACAGUAUGGUGAACUAUAUUUUUUGUCCUAAGUCUGGCAGCUAUGGCUAUUUAAGUUACUUGGAUAUGUGCAUCAUGUGGCAUAUUUUUAAUAGAAUAAGGAUGAAUUUAGCUUAUCUGAUUUUCAAGAAUAUGUGUAAAGCUUAUGGGAUUGGAAAAGUGCCUUAUGCACAUUUCUUGACUGCUUUAUUUAAAGAGUUGGAUAUAAAUGUCUCUAAGGAAAGUUCUAGGACAGAUUUGAUUGUGCUUAGAGAAAUUCACUUUGAUACUGAUGGAAGAAAGAAACGGUUUGAAAAAAGUGGUUCUUCCUCAGCUAAAGUUGGUUCAGAUUCUCCAAAUCUUCAGCAGGCAAGGGAAACUAGUUUUCCAACUAAAGUUGAGUCUGAUAUACCUGCAAAUGAUGCCUCUUCUCCUGCUACUCAUGUCUCGGCUCAUGGUAAUGUUGAAUGUGAAGGUAAUAGGCUUGGUGAGUCUACAGCUGCUGUGGAACAUGGAAGCGAACAAGUUGUUGAACCUGAAAUUGAACCUGCAGCUGAAGCCCCUAUUGAGCAUGUUAGUGAACAGGUUGUUGAACCUGAAGUUGAACCUACAGCUGAUGUCCCUGUUGAGCAUGGUAGUGAACAGGUUGUAGAAUCUGAAAGUGAGCCAGCUGUUGAGCCUGAGAGUGAACAACUUCUGGAACCUGCAACUGCCUCUACACAGCAAAAGGAAGCCUCUCUAAAAGAUCAACAAGAGAGUGCUCCAUCUCAACUCUCUGCAGCUGCUGCACCUCCAGCCAAGAAAGGUAGAAAAAGAUCUAAGUCCACGAAAUCUAAUCCAUACCAGUCUCUGGCUACUGCCCUUCAAACCCCAUCUGAUGAAGAUGAGCCACAGAAGCAUGAGCAUUUGGCUGACCAAGGUUCUCAGCCACCUGCUGCUAAACCUUCUAGGAAGAAGAUGGUGCCUUCCAAAGCUACUUGA